AAGUUUUGAUUGGUUCAUUUGCUCACUUCUCUUCCUCGCCAUCUUGAAUUGUGUCCAUCGUCACCACGAGAACUGGUUCAAAUCUUGAUCUAAUGGGAACGUUCUCUCCAUUCUCUCUGCUGGUUUUCUCUGUUGUUCUCGGGUUUAUCAUACCUUGCACCAACGGUCUACUUAAGCCAAGCGCGAACUACACCGCGUUUGUGUACAACAACUGCUCUAGCGACACAUUCACCGACUCAGAUGAAUCACCUCAUUCCCAAACGCUCUCAAACCUAUUCGAUGAACUAGUCUCUCACUCCUCCCGAUCCAAGUUCUACAAGGCCACUGUUGGCGACUCUCUCUCCGGCGUCUCCGGCCGGUUCCUGUGCAAUGCCGCUCUCACCGACUACCAGUGCCACGAGUGCAUCGCUCGAAUCCCCGAGAUAUCACAUACUCUCUGCAGCAAGUCAAUUGCGGGUAAGAUUCGGCUCUCCGGGUGUUACCUCCUGUACGAGACCGACCAGUUCUCUAUCCGGAAGGCCGAGAUCUUGCCACGUGGUGGUGGCGGUGUAUCCAAGUAUGGGAUCGAUCACAAGAACUGCGAGGUGUCGGGCGAAGUGGAGGGGAUCGAAGGGUUCGAGGAGAAGAGAGAUGCGGCGUUCGAAGCGCUCGAGGAGGGCGUGGUGCAGGGGAGAGAGGGACAGGGAGGGAGGUACCAGACGGAGUACGGGCCGUUCAUGGUGGAGGCGGAGUGCGACACCGAUCUGGGGCCGUGCGACUGCGGGCAGUGCGUGAACGCGGCGGUGGAGGUGGUGAAGGAGGAUUGCCCACAGUCGGUCACCGGUGAGGUCUUUCUCGACCAAUGUUCAGUGAGGUUUCAGUAUUUUUACGGGGGAGGGGGAGGCAUAGGCGGAGUCGGAGGCAACGGCGGUAAUUUGUAUCCAGGAGGGCGCGGAGAUGAAGAAACAGGAAAACAGAUAGCGAUCGUGCUGGGAGGAGCUGGAGCCUUGGUGCUAGGCUUUCUCUUUUUGAUGCUUCUCAGGUCGUGCGGCAGGAAAGACGAAGAUUGUUGAGAAGAACUCGGAGUCUUCCAAGCUACACGCAGCCUAUUUCUUCUGGUAGACGAAUGGGCCUUUUGCUACUCUCUAGUCUCACUCAGGCUGAAAAGGAGAGGGAGACAGAGACAUUGAUGCAGAUGGAGUAGAUAUGACUCUUGGGGACUAAUAUCGAUUUAUUUGGCUUUGGAUAUGACUGAUACGUCUCUUUCUUUCUUUAUGAGGGUCAACUUGUUAGGAAGGGCGGAUUUCACUAUUCAUGAAUGUGACUGUUCAUAUUAAAGUGUGUUGUCAUUAAAAUUUGAUCCAUGCCUUUUUCAUCUUUUGUAGUAACAUUUCUUUUUCUCUUGA